UUAAUUUUUUGAUCCCGGGUUGUCAAUCGUUGCUUUCUUCUCCCUAGCGUGGAUACGCCACGAUACCCAUUUCGUCUGCGCUUUGAAUAAAGUAGCUUCCGGAAAUGUGGGGAACGAGUCCAAAAACUGACCAUGUACCAUUUUUCUUCUGAGAUACUGCAUGCUAUCAGCAAACGCUUUAGCGGCAAUACCUGAGCGACAAACUGUUGUUCUCGAAUAAGGAUCCAACAACAGCAGGUGAAUAUCCCCAGAUACUUGCUUUCUCCGAGCUGCAAGUCCUUUCUCGAUGUAAAUGGCGUUCUGCGAAGCGUCGAACGUCGAGUAGUAGUCUACGAAUCUAACGAUCAAUUCUGCAGUAGUCAUCUUGUUGUUUGA